AUGCUGACGAAAGUGCUCGUGCUCUGCCUCCUGCUCGCCAUCGCCUUUGCCUUCACUGAGCACCAGGAGCAGGCCGGACUUGAUCAGGAGCGCGACCAGCGAUCCGCUGAAUUCGCCGAUGGAGAGAAGACGCUGAUCCGUAAUCGCCGUCAAUGGGGAUGGGGAGGUAUGGGAUACGGAAUGGGCAUGUACCGCCCGUACGGCAUGAUGGGCAUGUACCGCCCGUGGGGAAUGUGGGGCCGU